AUGUCCUUCAGUUCAACAGCCAGCUGUGCACAAGACUCCUGUACAGCGAGGAGUGUGACGAGGGCCCUUGGAGAGAGCAUCAGAGAAAAGGCUGAGCAAGAGAAAGACCCCAAAGUCAUAGAGAAGCAGGAGGGUGAGAGACGGGGCCCCGAAGGGGCUGACACUGGCUGUACACAGUCAGCAUUUAGGCCCUUUAGGGUCAAUGCAGCCCUUUCUUCCUUCCUGCCGAGGCAUGGGCCUCUACAGAGGAACCUCCGGGAGGGGUGCUGGCAGCCCACAUGUAAGAUGCCCCACACCUGUUGUUUGAGCUCCUGCCCCCAACGAAAUGCCAUCACAAGCUCCUACAGCUCGACUUCAAGUAUCCAACUGCCGCAGAGUAGGAAGGCUCAGGCCUCAAAAGUGAGAAAGGAGGGCCCUCAGCUUUCCAUUUUAGCUACUGAGAUUUGCCAGAGGAAGAGCCCGGGUGCAGCAACAGGGCAGGAACUCCCCUCUAAGAUCUCCUCGCCCACAGUCCAGAGCUCCAGGCCCCACAAACGCAAGAUUCCUCUGCUGCCGCGUAGGCGAGGGGGAUCUUUUACGCUUCCACCAUGCCCUGAGCCAGGUUUUCGAGUCACCGCUGAAGACCUAGACAGGGAGAAGAAGGCAGCUCUCCAGCGUAUCAGUGCUGCCUUGGGAUGUCAGGGAGGCCACUGGGACGGCAGGGCCAGGCCACCUUCCGACUCUUUCCCCCUGCCAGCUACAGUGACCGCCCCUCCACUUGCUGGCCCUAUGACCUCUGUCUUCUCCUCCCAAAGCUCCCCUCCCAGCGGGGAUCCUAGUGCAGCCAAGGUCACCACCAGACUGCCUACAAAGAGGCUCCGGGUGUCAGCCAAGGACACCACCACCCCGCCUGCAAAGAGGCUCUGGGUGUCAGCCAAGGACACUACCACCCCACCUGCAAAGACGUUCUGUGCCUCCACCCCAACUCAGAGACUACCUGGUAACCCUGGAGCCAACGCCCGGUCCGGAGUUGGGUCCCCUUGUGGGCAGAAGCGUAAAGCCCCUGAAUCUGGCUCUGAAAGGUUCACAAAGAGUUGA